AUGGCUGACGAGAAGACCUUCCGCAUCGGCUUCAUCGUGCUGGGGCUUUUCCUGCUGGCCCUGGGCACGUUCCUCAUGAGCCACGACCGGCCCCAGGUCUACGGCACCUUCUACGCCAUGGGCGGUGCCAUGGUGAUCGGGGGAGUUGUCUGGAGCAUGUGCCAGUGCUACCCCAAGAUCUCCUUUGUGGCCGCCGACUCUGACUUCCAAGGCGUCCUGUCCCCAAAGGCCCUGGGCCUGCUGGAGAAUGGGCUUGCUGCCGAGGUGAAGAGUCCCAGUCCCCAGCCCCCCUACGUCAGGCUGUGGGAGGAAGCGGCCUAUGACCAGAGCCUGCCCGACUUCAGCCACAUCCAGAUGAAGGUCAUGGGCUACGGGGAGGACCCCAGGCCCCUGCUGGCCCCCGAGCUGGGGCAGCCGAAGCUGGGAUGCGGCGAUGGAGGAGCAGGUGGCCCUUGCGACACUCAGCCCCGGGUGGAGGCUGCUGUGGUCGUCCACAGGGGCCCAGAUGAGCACGAAGGGGAGAGGUGCCUGACUCUGAGUUGCCCCUGCAGCCCCCUGGCCUGUCCCCAGGGCCCUGCCCCCUUGGCCUCCUUCCAAGACGACCUGGAUGCGGGCUCCAGUGAAGGCAGCAGUCCCGAUGCAUCUUCACCUGAUGGGGAGGAGCCCCACCUCCCACCACAGGAACCGUGGGCCUGCAAAUGCCCACCAGACCGCUUCCAAGAUUUUGCCCUGAUCGACGCUCCCGCCUCAGAGGAUCUGCCCCAACAGGGACAGCCACGGGAGGUAGUCCUGCCCAACGACUGGCAGGGGUACCCAAAGACAAGGGAGGAGGAGAAGGAGGCUUCAGAUACAGGUGUGGAGGAACCUGAGGAGGAAGAGGAAGACCUGUAUUAUGGGCUUCCAGAUGGCCCUGGGGACCCCCUCCCAGACAAGGAACUGGGCUUUGAGCCUGAUGCCCAGGGCUGA